ACUACGGCGAGCUCCGACGCCCAAAUCCGGGCCGUAUCGCGUGAGGUACGUCUACACAGUAACCCAGUGGUCCUCGAUCCUACCGCUACAGUUACGCCCCAGAAACUUACUACUCACGACACAAUGGCUCAGACGGACGGCCUCACGCCUGAACAGCUCGCGUUCUUCAAUGACAAUGGCUACCUACUCGUCCCCGACGCGCUGUCUCAGGACACAGUCAAGGAGCUGCUACAGGACACGAACAAGAUGCUGGAUGAGUUCUCGCUCGACGACCACCCCAUGACGAAGUUCGCGACCGGGGGCGACGACGGCGACGGACACGUGGGCGACGCCUAUUUCCUCGAGUCUGGGGACAAGGUGCGGUUCUUCUUUGAAGAGGAGGCCUUCGACAAGUCCGGCAACCUCACCAAGCCGAAACAGCGCGCUAUCAACAAGAUCGGCCACUACCUGCAUGAGCUCUCGCCUUCGUUCCGAAAGAUCUCGCUCUCUUCCCACAAUGCCGCCAUCGCGCGAUCCCUCGGCUUCCGCGACCCUCGAUGCCUGCAGUCGAUGGUGAUUUGCAAACAACCUCAAAUCGGGGCCGAAGUCCGCCCACACCAAGACAGCACUUUCCUGUACACUGAUCCGCCAAGCGCGGUCGGCUGGUGGUAUGCCCUAGAAGAUGCGACGGCAGAGAACGGCUGUCUGAGUUUUGCAGCUGGCAGCCACAAGCGGGCACCUGUGGCCAAGCGAUUUGUACGGACAGGGAAGGACGACGGCGCCGAAGGCACAGGCUUCAUCGAUAACGAGGGCGCACAAUUUCCCAAGGCGCUGCAGCGGGAGCAGAACGGUGCGACGAACGGCGAGUCGAAGGAGGAGCAGUAUACGAUGGGCGAGGUCAAGGCGGGCACGCUGGUGCUGAUACACGGCAAUAUCCUGCAUCGAAGUGAAAAGAACAGCAGCGACAAGAGCCGCUUCAUAUAUACGUUCCACGUCAUCGAGGGUGACCAGACGUAUGACAAGAAGAACUGGCUGCAGCCGCCAGAGAAGGGGUUCUCAAAGCUGGCACCGUAGUGCUAAGAGAUGAGAAUCGCAUUACUGUCAAAUCUAUGACUUGGCUUGCACACAUAAUGCUAUACCGGCGAGCACGAAGCCCAUGCC